AUGCUUAAAGACAUGGAUAAAUACUGCUUCCUUGGCUGUUUGAUUGAGAUUGGUGGACGUGGACCAGUCGUUUGGCAGGUAAUGGACUGGGAUCGACGCCGGAUGAUUUCACUCGUCACAGAUGCAGAGUAUCAAGAAGAUCCAGUCCAAGUUAUUGCGCAUUUCAAAAGGCAUAUCAAAACUCUCCCGCUCGACACCUACAAGAUUCACAUGUCUGAGAGAGGUGACCUACUUCGAGUUUCCACGGAUCCAAAAGACGACCCAUGGAUCAUUAUCUGGCGGUUCGAGAUGGAAGAUCUCCAGCUUGAGAAGCUUCUGAGUGGUGUGGAAACUGUAAUCCGAAUUGAGCUGUGUGAAAUAUCUCGCCUAGCUUGGGGUAUUGACCUUGUUUCAUACGGCACUGGAGAAGAAGAAAAGAGAGUCGAUUUCAAGUACGCGCUCAUACCGCAGGAUUCUCAUCGGUUUUGGACAGAACUAAAUGUUUGGAUGCGGCUUUCCCACCAUCCAAACAUUGUUCCUAUUGAUAGAAUCGUAUUGGACGAGAUACGCGGCCAGAUUGUUGGCUUUACAACGCCCUACAUACCCGGUGGCUCGCUGGAAGAUACUCCUUCACAAGGGGUCAAGCUCAAGUGGCUCAAGCAGCUCAUUCAACUCGUGGACGCUUUGAACCUCAGAUAUGGAGUCAUUCAUGACAAUAUUAUUCCCCGACAUCUUCCAGUCGAUCCAGAGACGGAUGAUUUGCUGCUGAUCAACUUCAAUUUCUCUCGCCGCAUAGCUGGUCCUGUUCGUCUUUUCAUCUUCGACAUCUCAGGGCAGGAAAUGGCACGGGUCAUAUUAACAGUCUACAUCAUAAUAACCGGUGAAAAGCGCUUCCAAUAUACUCAUGAUACGAAGAAAAUCUCAAAUGCCGCUGCUGUUAUGGAGCUUGAGGAGUGGACGCCAGCUCCGGGCAUGAUACUCGAUCACCCAGUAUCGGCUUAUCGGUCACUUCUUGAGGAGUGGACGAGGCAAAGGCGAGCUGUUCAUGUUCAAGCUCGCGAAUGCAUCGAUUGGCCAGAGUUUCCGUAUAAACAGACGGUUUGGGAAAGGGACGAACGGGGGGCUUCUUAUGCGGUGGGCGGUGCGUAUGAUUGCUCGCGAGCUGGGGAGCGAGAGGCGGGGAGAGCGGUGAUUGAAUGGGAACGGCCGCCGGAAGAUGCGCUGCGAGAUGAAGCUAUGGUGGUUGAUGAUGAUGAGUAUGUGUAUGUGUAA